AGAUAGUGCACAAAACCGUUGAUAUAGUAAAUAAAGUACUCUGUAUAUUUUAUGAAUCCACAAAAUUAUGAGUUAGUGGCAGUCCACCACGUAAUAUGUUUUUAUAUAUAUACAAUAUCAAUGUUGAGAUUGUUAACCAAUUGUUCCAUUAAAUAUUAUUUUUAUUUUUUUGAAAAAAAAAAACACCAUUACAACAACCAAACACUACUACCAUAAUAUAAAAUUAUCAUCUUAAACCAUUGACUUUAUUUUUUAUUUUCUUUUAUUUCAUUAAAUCUUCUUCAAUUCGAUCAUCAUCUUAUUCUUUCUCUCUCAUAAAGCUAAUUAAGUUUACUGGUUAUGAACAUUUAAGCUUGUUUCUCUCUCUAAAAUCUUAGUGACCUGUUUGAUUGCUGAUUAAAUAGAAGAAGAAGAAAAAGGAAAAGGAGGUUAGUUUGGUAAUUUUACAUGGAUCAAAAGCUAGUUCCACAGUUGCAUAAAGCUGAGUCAAGUAGCAGACAUGGAAGGCUUGAGAGAUUCUCCCAUUAUGUUGCAAGACAAAUUGGGUUUGAUGAUCCAAACGAGUGCCCUCAGUUGUGCAAGUUGGCAAACGACUAUUUGAAGAAAACAGAAGGAAGUGAAAGUUUUAUCUAUGAAUUUUUCUCCAAUGAACCAGAUGCCGAAUCUCUUUAUGUCAAAUUAAUUGAAGAAUUUGAUAAAUGCAUUCUUAGUUAUUUUUCUUUUCAUUGGAGCCGAACACCUUCCAUGAUCAGUCAGGUCUUGGGAAAUAAUGAUCAUGAGAAGAAAAGGUUCAAAGACCUUGUGAUGGCAGCUACAAGAAAACAAAGAUUCGAUAGGGUGAUACAUAGUUUGAAGGUGACACGAGUGUUCGCAACGUUAGUUGAGGAGAUGAAGGCGAUAGGUGGGAUAUCUAACGGCAGCAAUGGAGAAUCGUGCACGGAGGUGAUGGUGCCGGUGGCUCACAACAAGAGAAGUCCGGUACUCCUACUCAUGGGUGGUGGAAUGGGUGCCGGCAAGAGCACUGUCCUCAAAGACAUCCUUAAAGACAGGCCGUUUUGGUCAGGAGUUGGGUCAAAUGCGGUAGUAGUGGAAGCAGAUGCUUUCAAAGAGACGGAUGUCAUUUAUAGAGCACUAAGUUCUAGUGGUCAUCAUGGUGAUAUGCUUCAAACUGCUGAAUUGGUACAUCAAUCAUCAACAGAUGCAGCACAAUCGUUGCUAGUAACAGCCUUAAAUGAAGGGAGGGAUGUCAUAAUGGACGGGACAUUAGCAUGGAUGCCCUUUGUGGAGCAAACAAUAGAAAUGGCUCGCAACGUACACAAGUGUAGGUAUCGAAUGGGACUUGGUUACAAGGAAGCAGAAGAUGGCACGACUAUAGAGAAUUAUUGGGAGCAAGUGGAAGACGAUGAUGCACAUUCAAAACAAGUAAAGGGCCGGAAGCCCUAUAGAAUUGAGCUUGUUGGUGUUGUUUGUGAUGCUUAUCUUGCGGUUGUAAGAGGCAUCAGGAGAGCAAUAAUGGUUGGAAGGGCAGUGAGGGUACAAUCACAGCUAAAGUCUCACAAGAGAUUUGCAAGUGCUUUUCCAAAAUAUUGUGAGCUUGUUGACAAUGCUAGGCUUUAUUGUACCAACGCCGUAUGUGGUCCACCCAGGUUGAUAGGGUGGAAGGAUGGACACAGCAGACUAUUAGUAGAUGUGGAAGAAAUUAAUUGUCUAAACAUAUUGGGUAGCCUCAAUGACGAAGCUGAGUCCAUUUAUGAACUUCACACGGAUAAAAGCCCACUUUCUCAUCAGGGCUCAGCCUGGAAAGAAAUGAUCUUAUCACCUUUGAGGCCCAAUAUUCAGAAGGAUCUCAAGACUGCCAUUCUUAACUGUGAACUUGCUGUAUCCUAAAUUGCAUUGGCCCACCUAAUUUUUUCUGGAUUCUACUUUUGUUAUCCUUCCCCCAUUUCAAACUUUAUUGGGUAACCUGGAUUACAAAAUUUGAAAUUAUGAUCAACCAAGGAUUAUUGAUAUUUGACGCAAAUUCAAAUUGAAUCUGCGUUUUUAGCCAGAGUUUUGCCCUUGAAAUUUAAAUUAAGAAUUUUGGAAAUGGAGUAUCAUUAAUUUUAACAGAAAUUU